AUGGAAGCAUCGCCACAGAAACGCAUCUUGACAGAAGCUGCCUUUGAACAACGCAAGCUCCCCCGCACGGCCGCAACCCAAUUCUUGUCCGACGAGUUGAUCGCACAGCUCGCCAAUGUCGGUCGUCGCGUCCGCUACAACGUAAGCCAAGGUUACGCAAGCAACCGCAAUACACCACAGUCCACUCCAUAUGGAUCCCCCGUCAAGCCCAUACCCACAAACCCAUCCAACACACCCCAAACGUCCCCAGUCCGCUUUAGCAUCUUUCGUACCGAACAUGAGAUUAUCCACGAAGCCGCCGGCGAACUCGAAAACGUCCAUCUCGACUCGACGAAUACAAAGCCGCCAAUGACGACGACAAACGAGGAAAAAGUCGACUUGGUGGAAAAGAUGAUGGCAGUCGGAGAGAGUAGUCCUCGCAAACGACGACGAGCGACGCAUGAUGAAGAUUAUUACAGUGGCACAGAAUACUCUUCUCCAAACGACGACGAGGACAAUUACUCUGAAGACGAAGAGGACGAGGACGAUGACGAUUACAAUCCGAGGAACAAGUCCAAGUCCAAAUCCAAGCAACCCAAACGCUCCGUCAAAGCCCUCCCAAAGACAAAGGCAAUGGCCAGCGGUAGAGCCCGUAGACCUGCGCCAUUUGCAGAUGCAGACAAAUCUGGUCCAUCAGAAAAGAAUCCAUUCCUCGUCUGA